AUGCCAAAAGGCGCGUCGCGCAACGCUACCAUCACCGUAAUAGUCGCAUGCAUACUCUUUCACCUCUGUUUCCUGGUCGUGCAAACGAACCUCUGCCAGCCGGCCGCGAAACAAUGGGACCCUUCCAUCACCUGGGGCCAGUGCCUGCCAGCCGUGCCCUUCUACACCAGCAUGGCAUCUUUGACCAUCGUCUUCGACAUAGUAGUCAUGUUCCUACCCUUCCCCGUCCUCCUCAAGAGCCACAUCCAAAAGCGCAAGAAAGUCGCCCUGCUGUGCCUCCUGGCCCUAGGCACAUUCAUCACGAUCAUCCAAGUCCUACGCAUCCGAACCGUUCGAAACCUCGCCAACUAUCUCGACUCUAGCAGUCUCAUUAUGUGGUCGACUGUUGAGAACAAUUUGGGUAUCAUCGUCGCGUCGGUGCCGACGCUAGCACCCCUCUUCAAGUCAUUUGUUGAGAAGACACAAAAGAGCUCAUAUGGGAACUCGGCAACAAGAUCGAAAUCUUUGUACGCCCUGAGGUCGAGACGUAGUACCAGGCAAGGUUCUAUUCCACUUGGGAGCGGUGUUCAUCAAGCGACGCAUGUGUCUGGGCCUUUUGAGAGAGGAAGCGAGGAAUUCAUAAUGGGCGAUGUCGCUGCUAUUACAAAGAGAACCGAGGUGACUGUUUCUUCUCGUGUCCGGGAAGAGUUGAGAGGGCCGAAUAAUUAG